CUAAUUUACCUGCCUGUCAUUGUGCUGUCAGGGAAUGAAUGUGUACGGCUAGCCGGCUGGUAGCUUUGGAAAUGUUGCCACUAUCAGAAUGAUAUCGCAGCGGGACAGAGGAGAACUUGCUCGGUUUUAUACUGUCACAGAUCCCAAAAAGCACCAGAAAGGCUACACUGUGUACAAAGUCACUGCAAGGAUAAUCUCCAGGAAGAACCCAGAGGAUGUCCAAGAGAUAACAGUAUGGAAGAGAUACAGUGAUUUCCGGAAGCUUCACCAGAACCUCUUGCAGCUGCACAAGAAUGUAUGUAGCCAGUCGGAGCUGUUUCCUCCCUUUGCCAGGGCCAAAGUCUUUGGUCGUUUUGAUGACUCUGUAAUUGAAGAAAGAAGACAGUGCUCCGAGGAUCUGCUACAGUUCUCUGCCAAUAUCCCUGCUUUGUAUAGUAGUCAGCACAUCCAAGAUUUCUUCAAGGGAGGUGAGGUCCACGACGGCUCAGAGCUCAUUGGACCAGCUGAACCUUUUUCUGAGUUCCUGGCGGACAGUUUAUCAGACUGCAGCUCUGACGUUCAAAAAGACAUCAGUGGUGCAGAUGAUUUGACCAUCACAUCUGAGUAUGGAGGCCCAUCCAGUGACAGCGACCUGACCUCCCUGGCUGUAGAUACAGACUCUUUGGCUGGGCUUGAUGAUGGCAUGGCCUCAGGCCGCACCUCCCCAAACCAAACACAGGGGGGAGCCACCAACAUUAGCAACAGCUGGAGCCCUCGCUUGCCCUCCCUCCACACACGCCGCACCCCGUCUCCUGCCCCAGUCCCUGCCUCCUCAGCCCCUAACCCAGAGGUCAGCUGGCCAGGCCGAACGCCACACUUCUCCGGCAGUCUGAAGAAAACCAGCGGUGGCAACCCUAAGGACGUGAAGUCAGACUACCUGGACAGAGCCAGUGAGCUCAUCUGUUUGGCUGUACAGAAGGAGAAAGAGCUGGACUUCCAGGCAGCUUUCUCCUGCUAUCGCAGCGGAGUGGACCUGCUGCUGCAAGGAGUGCAAGGUGAGCCUAGUCCCACUCGGCGAGAGGCAGUGAAGAAGAAGACUGCAGAGUAUCUGAUGCGUGCAGAACAGAUAUCCAGUCAGCAUCUGAGAAGCAACAUGGGUCAAGGGUCAACACAGACAGUGGCUUUGGGGGCGCAGUGCUGCCCGUCCACCAGCAGAGGAGGCCAGCAGAGUCCAUCUGAGGAGCUGAGAGCUUUCAGGGUGCUGGGCGUCAUAGAUAAGGUUCUUUUGGUCAUGGACAAGAGAACACAAGAGACGUUCAUCCUAAAAGGUCUGAGGAAGAGCAGUGACUGUGGGCGGACUAAAAGAACAAUCAUGCCUCACUCUGUGCCCCACAUGGUGCGGCUAAGGAAGUUCAUUGUCUCUGAAGACACAGUUUUCCUUUUGCUGCAGUAUGCUGAAGGCGGGAAGCUAUGGUCUCACAUUGGAAAGUACCUUCGUAAUUCCAGCCCAGAGGAGAGCUUUGACAUUCCUUUCAUCCAGAAGAGCCACACUGCGGCGGUACACUCUCCCCAACAUAUUGUACCACUUCUGGAUGUAGGUUCAGCCAGUUCUGGUUCUGGGCCGCUUGCAUGUUCUGAUUCAGUCUCAGGGCUGCAGAAGGAAGUGGAGGACCUCAUCACGUCUCCUCAGAAACGUGUUCUCGUCCCCAGGCUUAUCGAACAAAUCGGGGCCCAGUCAGACUCCGGAGCCAACUCUGAUGAAGAGUGCACCAACAGUUAUUUGACACUUUGCAAUGAGUACGAACAAGACAAAGUAGAACCAGAUGCACUAGAAGAGGAGGAAGGGAAGAGUGAACAGGAAAUGCUGUCACUGGAAGUGCCCAUAGCGACGACCACCCCUUCCUCACGUAGUCGCUCGUUGCUCAGCAACGACAGCCUCUCUUCACCUAUCAGCUCUCAGGAACUUGGCUUUUUCACAGAGUCGUCCGACAAAAGUGGCCACACCCUUGACAAUGAGCAAUACCACGGCGAGGGACAGGACCACGGUGAGGUGUUCAGUCCUUUGUCCUCGCCUGUUGUGCCUUUGUCUCUGGAUCAGUCCAAGCACACGCCAAUGGAGUUCUUCCGUAUUGACAGCAAAGACAGCGCAAGCGAGGUGACCUGUCUCGAUUUGGGAGAGCAGCGACCCUCUCAUAAGCAGGUCCCCCUCUUUUCUACAUCUGACCUGGGCUCGGACGUGACUGAGGAUUUUCCAGAGCUGGCUCAGGAGGUGAAGGGCCACAGCUUGGAGACUUGGGGGUUGGACUGUAGCGAUAAAGGCUCCAAUGAGUCAGUGCCAGUCAUUUCAUUUAAAGAGGCAGUAGUUGAGGAUGAGGGUCACCCACCAGACCUUUUGGUCAACCUGCCUGUAAUGAGUGGGACUGGAGACUCUUUACAGGAGGAAUUACAGACUUCGGGUGUGUGUCUGGGCCUCGAGGCCACAGCCUCUCCUCAGAAGUUAAUCCAGCCUGAUGUUUUACAACUUCACAGCCAGUCUGAGGAAGGAGAAGAGCAGCCACUAGAGCAGGAGCUUUUAUCUUUGUGCACAGCUUCUGCAACUUGUGACAACAGUGUUGCAUCUUCCUCUCCCUUCAACUCAGUGUGGGAUGACUGCAGCUUGGUGUUUGGGCAAGAAGCCUCUGACAAAAUGGUGAUUCAUCCUGCAUGCCAAAAUAAUGACCUUCCCUUUGACCUUUCAGGUACUGACUCACCUAAAGAGAAACUAGAGGCCAGAGUAAAUACUGACAUGGAUCCAGAUCCAAACGGCACAGGCUCUAUCCCAGCCACAAACGAGUCUCGUGCAGUCUUGAGUGAGAGUUUAUCAGGUCUUGAUGGUGAAUCAUCAAGAGUUAUUAGUAAUGCAGGUGGCAGCGCAUUUGAUAAAGAAGUAUCACAGCUGUUUGCGGAGCUGGACGAGCUGUUACUGGCUGCAUCCCAAGCUUGUAUCCCGGAGGAGUUUGUACGGUGCUGGGCCAUAGAGAUGGUGACCGCCCUGGAUUCUCUGCACCAGGAGGGCAUCAUCUGUCGAGACCUAAACCCCAACAACAUCCUGCUCGACCACCAAGGUCAUGUUCAGCUUACCUACUUUUGUAGUUGGAGUGACGUGGAGGAGUCCUAUGACAAAGAGGCCAUUUCCAAUAUGUACUGUGCACCAGAGGUGGGGGGUAUCAGUGAGGAGACGGCAGCAUGUGAUUGGUGGAGUAUGGGUGCCAUCCUGUUUGAGCUUCUGACAGGCAUGUCUCUGCUGCGGUGCCAUCCAGCAGGAAUCGGUCGCCACACCGCUCUCAACAUCCCUGAGUCUGUUUCAGAGGAGGCCAGAUCUCUGCUGGAGCAGUUGCUCCAGUACAACCCAAUGGAGAGGCUGGGGGCAGGUGUGGGAGGUGUGGAUGAUAUCAAAUCCCACCCUUUCUUUGCCAGAGUGGAGUGGCCCAAAUAGACGUUGCGCAUUGUGGGACUGCCGAAACCAGAGUUGCAUGCUGGGACACUGGUUGUCCUGAAUGAACUCUCUUCAGACUGGACACACAACUAGAUAUACAGUAAACACAGAUAAUGCAUUUCUGCACACAUCUACCAUUUUGUUUACAGCCAUUAAGUCUCUGUGUACUUUCGUUUUUGUAUGGAAUUUGCCAAGAAGCAAUGUUACCUUCCUUGUAAAUUGCUCAUGUCUUUAUCUCAUAGAAGGUUUACUGUGUAACCUUUUUAGUGCAGGGAACACUUAACAACAUGUGUGGUGCAAUAAUUUAUACAGUAAGUGCUGGUACUGAGUGAUGAUCCACUACAACGUUAUUGCUUUCCCACCCCUGAUACAGUAGAUGUAAGCCAAAUGACAUGCCUGAGAGUGAGACGUGACAUUUUUUGUUUUCACUGCAUUCAUUAAGUACUGCGUGUUACCCAUUCAAACUGACUUAAGUCACCUUUUGUGAAGACAUGUGUAAUACACUCAGUUUGUUGCCACCUAUAAAAGUUAUAUCAUUCCUCACGGAGCAUAUUUAGAUUAGCUGAGAGCGAGACAGGUUGAGGUUUUUUAUUUGAUGCGGGGGUUGUGUUGCUCUGAUCUCUGAACAGAUAUGAUAUCAUUUCCUACAACAUUGUCAAAUGUUUUCUUUUGCCAACCCCCUUUUUACUGCCAACCAGCCCACUUACAGUAACAGAGAAGGACACUAUGCAAGGUGAAUAAACAAAAUAUGUUGAGGUAGGAGGAGAUGGGUUUUUUGUUGUUAAAAAUUUAGUCACAUUAAGAUUGAAUUAUUUAAUAGAUUAUAGCUUGAAAAAGGGCCAGUCUAACAGACAGCAUAAGCCUUCUCCCUGCGUGGUCAGUGUGUUUCAUUCAAGAAAAAAAGAAUAAAGUAGGAUGAGGCUUGAACCACACAUUUGAAACCAGCCCCUUUUAUAGAGUAGUUGUUUUUAUGAAUAUCAGAGGAAACUCUCUUUACUGAACAACACUGCUUUGUCUGCAUGUAAGAAUAUGAUUUAUGUAAUAUAUUUAAUACAAUGAAUAGGCUAUUGAACAAUAAAUAAUGUGUGUAUAUAUAUAUGUAUAAUUUUACCUUUUUUAAAAGAUGUGCUGACUGAAAGGUAAACCCAGGUCUUUGAUUAUGUCCAACUUGUCUAUUACGUACUGCCUCAUCAUUCCAAUCCUUUUUAUUUGGUUGUGUGUGUUUUAUUUUUGAGCAACACAUCUGCUAACUUGCCACACAGAUCUUAUUGCUGAUUUUAUUAAAUCUAUAAUGAAUCCAUGGAUUACACUCUAUAUAUCACUUCUUAUAUAAUCGGAUGAGACUUCUGAGAAUUAUUGGUGCGUAUAUAAAACACAUCUUAAAAGGUUUACACAGAUAAUCACUCCACUGUACAUGCUGCACUGCGGAUUAAUACAUGUUAACUGACAGAUACUGUACAUUACCAGGUCCAAAUUCCACCUAUUAAUUCUUCUUAUCAGAUAUAAACAUCAAAGUGAGAUCAGAUUUUUUUAUUCAUCUGGUUUGGUCUCUGUUGAAUGCUCACUCUUUUCUGUGCUGUGAGUCUAUACUGGUCUGUCCGAGCACUAUGGAUACCAAUAAACAUACCUGGAUCAGUA